CAGGAAGUGAAGCUCCCGCCGCCGAGUCCGCCGUCCAGCCACGAUGCCCAGCGAAACUCUGUGGGAGAUUGCCAGAGCCGAAGUGGAGAAGAAGGAGAAACCCGAAGGAGGUGGCGAUGGGGAAAAGUCGGUCUUCUUCGUUGGCAGUAAGAGCGGGGGGAAGACAACCAUAAUCCUGAGGUGCCUUGACAGGGACGAGCCGGCCAGGCCGACAUUGGCACUGGAGUACACCUUUGGGCGCCGGGCCCGGGGCCACAACACGCCCAAGGACAUCGCUCACUUCUGGGAACUGGGCGGGGGGACGUCCCUGCUGGACCUGUCAAGGAUCCCCAUCACGGCCGGCAGCCUGCGGACGUUUUCUUUAGUUCUGGUUCUGGACCUAUCGCGGCCCAACGAGCUCUGGCCCACUGCGGACCACCUGCUCAGGGCCGUCAGGACCCACGUGGAGAGCCUGGGCCAGCCUGGCACCCGAGCUGCCGCCGCACCAAAGACAUGGAGCCCAGUGCCCAGGGAUCAUCCGGAUCGGGAGUUCAUUGAUCCAUUCCCCAUUCCCCUGGUGAUCAUCGGCAGCAAGUACGACGUCUUCCAGAAUCUGGACUCUGAGAAGAGGAAAGUGAUCUGCAGGACCCUCCGGUUUGUGGCACAUCACCAUGGGGCCACGCUGAUGUUCACUGGCAAAUCAGAAGCGCUCCUGCUGAAAACCCGCUCGGUGAUCAGCCACUUGGCAUUCGGGGUCGGUGUUGAUCGGAGUAAGGCCCUGACGGUGGAUCAGAACAAGCCCCUGUUCAUCCCAGCUGGGCUGGACUCCUUCAGCCAGAUAGGGCCACCUCCUGCCGCCGCCGGAGACGUCGGGAAGCUGCGGGUGCAGACGCCCCUGCAGCUGUGGAAGGAAGUCUACGACAAAGCCUUCCCGCUGCAGGCCAAAAGUGACCGCAAAGACCUCAAGGACCCAGGCCGUGACCCCCAGUAUGCCGAGCGCGAAGUCGACGCCAUGCGAGCUCAGAAGGACCAGGAGCUGGAGCAGUACAAGAGGAGCGCUGCCAAGUCCUGGAGAGAAAUCAACUUGGAACCAUGAGGUGUGCCCGGCCCGCUGCCUGGCCCGCGGGCAGCAGCGGCCUCUUGGUUCUUGGCCUGGUCCGAGGGCAGGCCAGGUCCCAGAGGGUGGGAAAACUGGUGGCAGCACAAACCCCAGGUGAUUUUGGUUGAUGGGAAACAGUUUUUACCAGUGAACUGCCUCCCGGGUGGCUUUGGAUGGAAUCUCUGCCCUUACCAGAGCCCAACCCCCCAACACCCACCCACCCACACAAACACAUGCACACCAUGCCCAACACACUCAUGCACACGCACACACACAUGCACACACAGAAGUUCCUGAUCUUAGGGCCGCCACGUGCCUGGGCUAUUUCCCCACUUGCCUUGAAGCCAGAGCUGGAAGAAUCCCUGGCUCGUGGAGGUUUCCUUGUUGGUGUGGGGAUUCCCUCAUGGAAGUCCUGCCUCCCGUGAUCUCGCCAUCCAUGAUCACACCACCGUAGUCCCAUAGCCCAUAGCCUCAUCACCUAUAAUCACACUGGCUGUGCCCUUGUUGCCCAUGAUCCCUUUGCCCUUGGAGUUUGGAACCGUGAGGCAUGCUUGGCCCCAGGUGACUUCCUUCGGGACAAGGGGCCUGGAGGCGGGUCAACAUAAGGAUGGGCAGGGAAGCGCCUGUCUCCAAGCCACUGGGAAGACCUCCAACAGGGUGCCCCCCCCCCCCCCCAAGGGGUUUUGAAUGGCCAACUACAGCCCUGGUCGGGGACCCUCCAGGAGCUGACGUUUCAUCCCAGGGAGGGGGAGUCAUUCCUGAAUAAAACGUC